AUGACUACCUAUACUAGAUCAGCUGGUGUCACUUUAAAGCCAAUUGAAGUACCUAAACCUCUGCAGGAUGGAGAAAAAUUCAUCAAAUGGGAUGAGGAUUCAGGCACAGGCUUACCUGUCACUGUACGAGUGGAUCCAAAUGGGUUCUUUCUUUAUUGGACAGACCAGAAUAUGGAAGUUGAAAUGCUGGACAUUGCAACAAUCCGAGAUGUUCGAACUGGUGGUUAUGCUAAGCUGCCUAAGGUUUUAACUCUCCGUGUAAACUUUAUGUCGUCCUUGUUGGAAACUUUGCACGGAUAA